AUGGAGGCCCCGUCCUUUGACUUGCGAGAGAAUGCCAAGCAACAACAACCCACCAAGGCACCACGAUCACGUGGCCGUCGAGUGUCCAGCCACCCCAACGUGCAUACAUCUGCCAAGAUGUUCACUUGCCCGCUGGACGGGUGCGGUAAAGUCUUUAAGCGAUCUGAGCACUUGAAGCGACAUAUUCGAUCCAUCCAUACCCUUGAGAAGCCUUUCGAAUGCCCAUACCAAACUUGCACAAAGCGAUUUUCUCGAUCAGAUAACUUGAACCAACAUAUUCGAAUCCAUCGACAUAACGGAAAAGAAAAAUCUUCCAACCGAGCCAGUUUCUCAAACUUUAUGCCUGGCUAUAUGUGA